AUGAGCGUAGCAGGCUCAACAUCUUCGCAAGGAACGACGCACUCACGCUCACCUUCAAGGUCUCGCUCUCCACCGUACAGCGAUGGCCGAUAUCCACCGUCGUCAAGCAACUCUAGAUAUCGUUACGAAUACAGCAGUUAUCGACCUCCUCGCAGUGGCAUGUCUGUCGAUUUGGAUAAUUACAGAGAUUUGCGUGAUAGAGAACGUGAUCGUGAAAGAGACCGUGAUCGUGAGAGGGAUCGUGAUAGAGAUAGAUCCAUGUUAAUGAGAGACGACAGAUAUAUGAAUCCUCGUGGAAGAGAAAGAGACAGGGAUGAUAGAUACACGCCCUAUUACCGAGAGGAUCCUCAUCAUUAUGCACCAUCAUCAUCUUCCAGCAUGAUGCCCAGAGAUUAUCCCAAAAUAUCGACAAACCCACUUCGUCGUGAAUUGAGCUCAUCAGAUCCAACAAAAGAUUCAAAACUACCAUCUUCCUCCAGCUCAACAAGUGUGAAAGAUAUAAAAGACGACACGAAACCUCCAGUGACACCUACCGGUGAUGGACCGCCACCUUCAUCUAAUUAUCCACCCCCACCGCCAUUAUCAAGUCGAUACAGUGAUUGGCGUGAUAGAGAUCGUGAACGAGAUCGAGACAGAGAGAGAAGAUACAGAGAUGAUGAUCGUCGCCGAGACUAUGAUAGACGACGAGAUGGGUAUAUGCGUGAUAUGAGAUACGAAUCAUCUGGCUAUGGCGCACCGCCACCCAACUACCAAAUGGCUCCUUACGGUGGUGAUUCUUACCGACCUGAAAGAGACCGAGAUAGAGACAUUCCACCAUCCCCCAGCUCACAUCUUCCCUAUUACGAACGAGAUCGAUUAGACGACCGUGACUAUUACAGCAGAGGUCUAAGAAGCAGUGGCCCCAGCAGCUCCAUUGACUAUGAUCGUUAUCGCUCUUCGGGCAGAAGUCGACCCUCAUGGGGACCCAGCAAAAUGGAUGACAGCAGACGCAUGAUGGAUCGUGAUAGACCUGAAAGGAUAUCCACCAAUGUUGAAGUUCGCAGUGGAAGAACAUCACCUACAUCAGCUACGACAGCCACUUAUGCCGCUGCUGCUAGUCUGUCUGCCGCAAAAGAUCGCUCAUCCGACGUUUUUAAAGUGGACGACAAAAAGGAAGAGUUGGAGCCACGCACUAGUGCUGAAUCAAAUGUAUCACCUAUUGAGAAGCCAUCCACCACAGCUGCAAUUCCUGAGGAAAUAUCAUCAAAGGCAGAUAAUUCAACAAUCUCCACUUCUGUUGCCGAAACGAUCACAUCAAACAAAGAGGAUGUGCUUGAAAAGGGUGAAGUCAUUGAAGAUGAUGUCAAACUUCCUCCGCCAAAGCAAAGAGAGAGCAUGGAUAUUGAGCCUCAAGAAGUACCUGCGGCAAUUGAUGAUGGGCCACCAGAGGAAACUCCAAGCAAACAGCCACCGGCAUCCACGACUGCAGUAGAGAAAGAAGAUGCAGUAGGACGAUCAAAAUCUCCUGAACCCAUGGAGGUCGAUUCGGAAUUACCACCUUCCGCAAAAACUGAACCCACUGCAGCAGAUCAGCAGCCAGAGGAAAAAUCAACAGAAAAAACAGAGCAGGUCUCGUCUACAACAUCCACCUCUCCAGCACCAACAACUGCUGUGACAACGCCACCUCCCAUGAAGAUUGCACUUCCACCACAAACACUUGAAAUGGAGCAAGAUCAAGAGGAAAAGGAACAAGGCGAGACAGCGACAGCUGCCCCACAAGAGGAAAAAUCAAACAGUUUGACGCAGGAACAAAUUGUGGAACGCAUUGAUGACAUUGAGAAUCAAAUCUCGACAUACGAAGACAUGCUUGAGGCAGCACUAAAGCGAGAAGAAGAGAAAGCCAAUACGGCUAAUAAUGAGGAAGAAGAAGAUGUUGAAAUGGCAGACGACGAAGAUGAAAAUGCAGAAGAAGAAGCGGCUCAAAACAAGGAAGAAGCUAAGAAACAGGCACUGCAAGCCAUGGAAAACGAGCCUUCUUCAUCCAACGGUACAGCAGACAUGAUGGACUUUUCAGACGUCUCUUCUCCUAUCAUGCGUAAACGACCACAGCUCCUCAUCAACCAACUGCGCUCCAAGAACGACCAUUUGGAAGAUGAACUGUAUGAAAAGAUUCUGCAAGACAAUCGUACCGUAGCUCAGCACAAUUCGCGAAUGGUUGAUGGUAUCUGGCAAGGCAAAGAGGAAACCGCUGAAGGUUGGCUUGACCAAGACACAUGGUCCAAACCUCUGUAUGCGCGUAUUGAAGACUAUCCCUGUUACAAGGAAAACAUUGCCAACUUUGCAAAGUUGCAGAUCAGUGUCGCUCAUGCGCUGGUGUCUCAGGAAAAGGCACUCAAGGACAAGGAACGCCGUUUGAAGGCAGAAUACCGAGAACACUACAGGAUUUGGAAGCAAAAGAACCUGUACUUAGAUCACAGACGUGAGGAUGAGCGUAAGCGACUCGACAGAUACAACGGACAGCGCGCCAAUUCUCGGCAUCGCGGUAAAGAUGAGCCUGAAGAGUACAGUGAUAAUGUUAUUUUUGUGCCUGGUGCUGCUGACGCACUGCGUUUCAAAAACGAUGGUGCCUCUACGCCUUACGGUAACGGUUAUUUCACUUCAGAUGCUGUUCGGUCAGAGGCGGAAUUGCUAGAGAUCAUUCAGUCCCUGGAGUCCGCCGAGAUGAGAAACCCUGAAUCUCGUGCCAAAAAGACAACAGCCACCAUCCCACCCAUGAUUUUGGAUUCGCGUGAACGCAUGCGCACCUAUGAUGAUCGCAGUGGCCUUGUGGAAGAUCCUCUUACCUACUACCAUACGGGCCCUGAUACCGGUGAUGUCUGGAACCAGCAAGAAGUCACCACCUUCAUGGAAUCAUACAUGAUGUAUCCCAAGCAGUUUGAACGUAUCUCGAUUGCUAUUGGCACAAAGACAGCCCCUCAAUGUGUCUUGUUUUAUUACCGUAAAAAGAAGAAGAUUGAUUUCAAAGCAUUGAUGAAAAAGGGUCGUAGGGGGAAGGCCACCAAGCACAGAGACAGGAUAGCUGCAGCUAUCCGUGCUGUCACUGGUGACUCUGCUGCUCCUAAUACACGCAAGGCAAAGAGUAAGGGAUCUGCUCUUAUGACGGAUAUCGGUGAAGCACAAGUAUCAAGAAAGGCCAAGGAAAAGGACGCUGAACGCAGAAACAGAGAGCGCCGUGAAUUGGAUCCAUCCAGCGCGAGUUACGAAGGCCUCACUGAGAGAAAGCGAUCCAAGCGACCUACUAGCAACAGUGCCAAUGUGUCUGUUCCUCCUAUUUCAACGCCUAUCGUUCAAUCAGGUGCUGCAAGCAGUGCUUCUGAUGACACUGAGAUGGUGUUGAACCAACAGCAGCAAGACAAGCGUCGUACUAAUUCUGGAUCAACCGCUAUUUCUGCUCAACGCCGUAAAGGUCGCUCUUCACGGGAACCCACUCAAGUCACUACAGUCAAUGAUGUACCUAUAGUCUUGCCUGCUGAACCCACUGCUACCAAACGUUAUGUGGAAGAUCUUUCCAAUGCAGCUACGGCCGAAGACGAUGACGAUGAGAGAGCCAAUUUGUCGUCCGGUGCAAGUGUGUCUGGCGGUGGAUCUACCAAAUGGUCAGAACGCGAAAGGGAGAUGGCUAUCGAGGCAUUUAAACAGUAUGGCCGUGAUUUUGUUCAAGUGGCCUCAUUGAUUCAGACGAAAACAGAGGAACAGUGUCGCAAUUUCUAUCACAACUUUAAGCGUAGAUUUGGUGCCAAUGCGUUCAAUGAAGAGCAUGCGCGUCCAGUGGAGCCCACGCCUGCACAGUCAGUUCAUACACCAUCUACUGUUACUGCUCCAGCACCGAUUGUCACUUCGCCCAUACAAACUGCAGUUCAUAACCAAGUAGUCGCUUUGAGUGGACGAACCGAUCUUAAAGCCGAAGAAGAAGAUGCAGCUGCAGCUCUUGUAGGCAUGUUUCAAAUGGGAGCCAACACACCUCGAGAAGAAUCGAAUCCGGUAUUGACAUCACGAUCAAGAACAUCCAGCAGCCAUGAAGAAAAUGCUGCCCCCAUGAACAGUGCACCUGCUAUUGCUGCAGUAGCAACUGCAAUUGCUCCUCAACCUGCUGUCAUAGCUACUAGUAGCCAUUCUACACCAAGUACCUCGUCGCUGUCUUAUAUGACCCCUAGUCAGCUUCAACAACAACAGAGGAGACGUCGCGUGCGAUCCACAUCCAGUCGAUCAGAAAGUGUACAUGAGGAAGCCUCCUCCUCUGAUUGGCCAGAUUCUGAUUAUGCAGCUAGAUCAGUCCCUAGUGCUGGUGCUGGUCGUAAGCUGGGUCGCUCUGCUACCUUGGCAGAUGCCAGACGUCCCACUUACUCUUCGUAUUGGUCUGUUUCUGAACGAAACGAGUUUUCUAGGUACCUGGCCAUGUAUGGUAGAGAUUGGGAAAAGGUCGCCAAUGCAAUGAAGUCAAAAACCAUGAUUCAAGUGCGAAAUUUCUAUGCCAACAAUGAGGAAAAGUUGAAUUUAAGGGAAUAUGUGAAUCAGUAUGAAGCACGUCAACAGCAGCAAUUACAGCAACCACCACCCGAUGUCGUGCCACCACCACCACCACCUCAUCAACGUGAUAUUGCUCCUCCAUAUGAUACAGGUGCGGCAGCACAUUUCCAAGCACUUCAAAACUUUCCUUUUCCUGCGCCCAUACAAGAUCAGACACCAUCACCACGAUUGGCAUCGUCUUCACCUCAAGUGCCUAGCCAAGUACAACACAUCAAGCCCAGCAACAGCAGUAAGGGCUCACCUUAUAUGAUGAAUCGCACUGGCUACAUGUCUGCAUCGACGCCUCCACCGCCUAGUAGAAUUGCUCCAUCUUCAUCUUCAUCGUCGCCUUCUGAACCUGUGUAUUCCAAUAGCCCUCGGGUUAAUUAUACUGCUACAUCUGCUACUCGACCUAUUGCACAGGCACCAUCACAGCCGCCACAGCCAUUGUCAUCGCAUCCACCGCAUCAUCAUCUACACCAACAGCAACAGCAGAUACCACCACAGCCAUCACAGCCUGCUGCCGUGGAAGCACCAUCUGCUGUCACCAAAGUGGCAGACCUGCUCAAUAACAAUGAUGAUCCAGCUGAGCCUAGUCAAAAUAGCUGGGAGACCUGGUUUGGAAGUUAG